AGUUUGUAGGUGACAGGGAGGACCCGUUAUAAUGGCGGAUGACGAGGAAGCUGAGGAGUAUGAGUACUAUUAUGAAGAAACAAUCAUUGAAGAAGGGGAAGUUGUGGGGGAACCAAAGGCUGUUGCCCCCACAACACCAGAGGCAUCGGCUGCUCCAGGGGAAAGGAAGAAAAGAAUCCGUAAAAAGGUGGACACGUCAAAGUUUAUGACGCCUUACAUAGCACACAGCAAGAAAAUGCAGGAGAUGUUCAGUCAGAAUAAAUAUAAAGAAAAAUUUGAAAAACAUCGGGGAGAGCCAUAUGCUAUCACAAUGGAUACUCCUGAACUCAAGAGGAUCAAGAAGGCCCAAAAUCAGCUGAGUGAGGUGAAGUAUCGUAUGGAUGGCAAUGUCUCCAAAACCAACUGUCAUGUAGACGGAAAAGCCAGAGACAUUGAGCACGCCAAAAAAGUGUCUCAGCAAGUGAGCAAGAUUCUGUACAAGCAGAAUUGGGAGGACAUUAAGGAAAAGUACCUGUUACCCCCUGAUGCACCUGAGCUGGUGCAGGCUGUGAAGAAUACUGCAAUGUUCAGCAAGAAACAAUACACAGCAGAUUGGGAUGAAGAUAAAACAACGUAUUUUCCUUACUCUGAUAGUCCAGAACUAAGGAGAGUUGCUAAGGCACAGAAAGCGCUCAGUGAUAUUAAUUAUAAGAAAGGACACAAUCAACAGAUGCUGCAGUUCACACAGCUGGCUGACCGACCUGACAUUGCGAUGGCCAAGAAAGUGUCUCAACAGCUGAGCGAUAUUAAAUACCGUGAGGAUUAUCAGAAGAAAGUAAAAGGCAAAUGGAGCCAGACCCCGUGUUACGAAAUUGCAGUCGCCAGAAUGAAUUCCGAUAACCUGAGUAGCAUAAAAUAUCAAGCAGACUUUGAGAACGCUAAAGACCAAAUCUACUUCAUGCAGACAGAAACCCCAGAAUACAAAGUUAACAAGAAGGCAAGACUGAACGCUAGCACGUUGAAAUAUAAAGAAGAUUAUGAGAAGUCCAAGGGACCCACAUCUUACCAUACUCUUCCUGCCACAGAAAACCCCUUACUGCGGCAACUCAGAAAAGCUGGCAAUGCACUGAGUGAUAUAUUGUACAAGGAAUCUUAUGAAAAAGCCAAAGGAUCCAGUAUUAAUUACUGCGACACCCCUAAGUUUCAGAUUGAUAAUGUCCUGAAGAACUUCAGUGAUCUUAAAUACAAAGAUCACUAUAACAGGAAAGUUCUUGGACAUUAUAUAGGUAGCUAUGAGAACCCGUAUAUGCGUCACUGCGCCAAGGUCAAUUCUUUAGUAAGCGAGAAAAACUAUAAAGCUGACUAUGAAGAGGAAAAAACCAAUUGUUACUUCCCACAGACUAUUACCCAAGCAUAUGAAGCUACUAAGAAACUAGAUCAAUGUAAAGAUCACAUCUAUAAGAAACAUCCCGACACAUUUAAAUUCACUCAAGUAACAGAUUCUCCAGUACAGCUUCAAGCAGAAGCCAAUACCAAGCAUCUUAGCGACCUGAAUUAUAAAGCAAAGCAUGAAAAGGAGAAAUUCAAGUGUUCUAUUCCAGAAGAUUCUCCAUUUAUACUUCAAUCUAGAUUAAACGCAUAUAAUCUCAGUGAUAACUGUUACAAAUAUGACUGGGACAGAUCAAAAGCAAAGAAAUUUGAAAUUAAGAUUGAUGCAAUUCCCCUGGUCGCAGCAAAAGCAAACAGAAAGAAGGCUAGCGAUGUGGAAUACAAAAAAGACUAUGAACGUAACAGAGGAAAGAUGAUUGGAGCACUUAGCAUUCACGAUGACCCCAAAAUGCUGCAUUCUAAGAAAGUGGCUCAUAACCAGAGCGACAUUGAAUACAAGAAGGACUAUGAGAUGGGAAAGACCAAAUAUUCUGCACCCUUGGAUAUGAUUACAGUGAAGUUAGCUAAGAAAUCCCAGGCUAUUGCCAGCAAUAUUGAUUAUAAGCACCUCCUUCACAGUUACUUAUACCCUCCAGAUAGCAUUAACUUGCAAUUGGCUAAGAAGUCCUAUACUAUCCAGAGUGAUAUUGAUUAUAGAUCAGAUUAUAACAAUUGGGUAAAAGGCUGCGGAUGGGUGCCUUAUGGAUCCAUGGAUGUGGAAAACGCCAAGAAAGGUGCACAGAUCCUGAAUGAGAGAAAAUACAGACAACGUCCAGAUACUAUUAAGUUCACUUCUAUAGAAGACGAUCCUGUUCUGGUCCAAGCUAAACUCAACCAGAAACAGAGGAGUGAUAUCCUGUAUAAAGCAGCUGGAGAAAAGAUCAUACAUAAAUAUUCCUUACCUGCAGAUAUUCCCGAAUUCAUCCAGGCCAGAGUUAAUGCCUAUAACCUAAGCGAUAAUUAUUACAAACAAGGACUGGAAGAACUAAAGACUAAAGGAUAUGAUCUGAAAAUUGAUGCUAUCUCCAUCAAGGCUGCCAAAGCUGCUAGACAGGCAGCUAGUGAUGUACAUUAUAAGAAAUCUUAUGAGGCCCAGAAAGGAAAACUCGUCGGUUUCCGAAAUCUACAAGACGACCCCAAGCUUGUCCACUUCAUGCGCGUGGCCAAAAUGCAGUCCGAACGUGAAUACAAGAAAGACUAUGAAAAGAAAAAGACUAAAUAUAAUACUCCAUUGGAUAUGGUCAACGUGGUGGCUGCCAAGAAGUCUCAGGGUAUUGCAAGUGGCAUUGGCUACAAACAGCCAAUCCACCACUACACUUACUUACCAGAUGCCAUGAGCAUUACACUGUCUAAGAAGAUGAUGGAAAUACAGAGUGACAACAUCUACAAGUCUGAUUUGAACAGCUGGAUGAAGGGCACAGGAUGGAUCCCUAUCGGGUCUCUUGAUGUAGAGAAGGCCAAGAAGGCUGGCGAUGCUUUGAAUGAAAAGAAAUAUCGCCAGCACCCAGACACCAUUAAGUUUACAAGUGUAUCGGAUACUCCUGUUAUGGUCCAGGCUAAGACGAAUGCUCUUCAGCUCAGUGAUAAACUGUACAAAUCCUCAGGGGAGAAGAUAUUGCAUACAUACCAUUUGACCCCAGACGCACCUCAGUUUAUUCAAGCCAAAUACAAUGCAGCUAAUAUUAGUAAUAGUUUAUACAAGUAUGACUGGCAGAAAACCAUUGCUAAAGGACAUCAUGUUCUGGGAGAUUCCAUUCCCAUUGUUGCUGCCAAAGCUUCCAGAAAUAUUGCCAGUGAUUAUAAGUACAGACAAGCCUACGAGAAAGCCAGAGGUAAGCAUGUUGGCUUCCGAAGCCUCCAGGAUGAUCCUAAACUUGUGCAUUUUAUGGCUGUGGCUAAGAUGCAGUCUGACCGUGAAUACAAGAAGAACUAUGAGAAAACCAAGACCAAAUAUCACACUCCCCUUGACAUGGUCAGCAUUUCAGCUGCCAAGAAGUCCCAGACAAUAGCCACCAACAUCAAUUACAAGCAGCCGAUCCAUCACUACACCUACUUACCGGAUGCCAUGAGCGUGGGGUUGUCUAAGAAAAUGAUGCAAAUUCAGAGUGAUAGUGUCUACAAGGAAGAUUACAACGCCUGGUUUAAGGGUGUCGGAUGGAGUCCCCUAGGCUGUUUGGAAGUUGAAAAAGUUAAGAAGGCCGGAGUUGCUUUAAGCGAGAAUAAGUACCGCCAGCAUCCUGACUCUCUCAAAUUUACAAGCAUUGCAGACUCAAUGAAUAUGGUUUUAGCUCAGAGCAAUACCAAACAGCUUAGUGAUAUAACCUACAAAUCAGCUGGAGAGAAAGUGAAGCACAAGUAUAACCUGAACCCUGAUGAUCCUAAUUUCAUCCAAGCUAAAGUCAAUGCACUAAAUAUAAGCGAAUCUAAUUAUAAAGCUGACUGGAUCAAGCACCUGGCUAAAGGAUAUGACCUUAAACCUGAUGCCAUUUCAAUUCUUGCUGCUAAGGCAUCACGAAACAUUGCCAGUGAUUACAAAUAUAAACAAGCCUAUGAAAAGGCCAGGGGUAAGCAUGUGGGAUUCCGCAGCCUACAGGAUGAUCCUAAGUUGGUCCACUACAUGCAUGUGGCUAAAAUCCAGUCUGAUCGUGAAUAUAGGAAGGACUAUGAGAAGAGCAAGACAAAGUAUCACACUCCUAUUGACAUGGUCAGUGUCACUGCUGCUAAGAAAGCUCAGGAAAUUUCCACCAAUACAAACUACAAGCAGCUGCUCCAUUCUUACACCCUUCUGCCGGAUGCCAUGAAUCUAGCACUCUCCAGAAACAUGAUGCAGAUCCAGAGUGAUAACCAAUACAAGACCGAUUUCAAUAACUGGCUGAAAGGAGUCGGUUGGGUACCAAUUGGAUCAUUGGAUGUUGAAAAAGCCAAGAAAGCCACUGGCAUCCUCAGUGAAAAGAAAUACAGACAAAAUCCAGAUCAGUGGAAAUUUUCCAUUCCAAACGAUGCCAUGGAUCAAGAACUUGCAAAGGCUAAUGCAAAAACUAUGAAUAAGAGACUUUAUACACAAGCCUGGGAAAAAGACAAGACCAAAAUCCAUGUGAUGCCAGAUACUCCUGAAAUUCUACUGUCUAAAGUCAACCAGACGAAUACAAGUGAUAAACAGUACAGGCAAGCUUGGGAAGAUGCCAAGAAGAAGGGCUACGACUUGAAACCAGAUGCCAUAUCCAUAAAGGCUGCCAGAGCUUCAAGGGACAUUGCCAGUGAUUACAAAUACAAGAAAGCCUAUGAACAGACCAGAGGAAAACACAUUGGAUUCAAGAGCCUGCAGGAUGACCCUAAACUAGUGCAUUUUAUGCAUGUGGCAAAGAUGCAGUCUGAUCGUGAAUAUAAGAAGGGCUACGAAAAGUCCAAGACUAAAUUCCACACUCCAGUAGACAUGUUCAGCGUGACUGCUGCCAAACUGGCUCAGAAUAUUGCAUCUAAUACUAACUACAAACGUCUUAUCCACAACUACAAUCUCUUGCCCGAUGCCAUGCCCCUUCAACUUUCCAGGAACAGGAUGCAGAUACAGAGUGAUAAUCUUUACAAAUCAGACUACAAUGAAUGCAUGAGAGGUGUUGGAUGGGUGCCCUAUGGCUCUCAGGAAGCUGAGAAAAACAAGAAAGCUAUGGCGAUCAUCAGUGAGAAGAGCUAUCGCCAACACCCAGACACCCUCAAGUUUACCAGUAUAACUGACUCCAUGGAGAUGGUACUUGCCAAAAACAAUGCUCAGAUCACAAACAAAAAUCUGUACAAGCAAGCCUGGGAGAAAGACAAGAGGACCAUCCAUGUCAUGCCAGAUACUCCAGAUGUGGUUUUGGCUAAAGCCAAUGCUUUCAAUAUUAGUGAGAAACAAUACAGAAAAGCCCUGGAAGAGUCUAAGAAAAAAGGAUAUGACCUCAGAGCUGAUGCCAUCGCCAUCCGAGCUGCAAAAGCCUCCAGGGACAUUGCUAGUGAUUAUAAGUACAAGAAAGCCUAUGAAACCUCCAGAGGAAAGAUGGUGGGAUUCCGCAAUCUUCAAGAUGACCCCAAACUGGUGCACUUCAUGAAUGUAGCUAAGAUGCAGAGCGACCGUGAAUACAGGAAAGAGUAUGAGAAGACCAAGACCAAGUACCACACACCACUCACCACGUUCAGUGUCACAGCGGCAAAGGCAGCCCAGGCUAUCGCUUCGAAUACCAAUUACAAGAAUCUCCUCCACAAGUACAUCUUGUUGCCAGAUGCUAUGCACGUCCGGCUUGCCAAGAACAUGAACCAGAUCCAGAGUGACAAUGAAUACAGGCAAGACUACAAUCAGUGGUACAAAGGAAUGGGCUGGACCCCCCUGGGCUCUCUUGAUGUCGAAAAGAGCAAGAAAGCUUCUGAAAUCAUGAGUGAUGCCAAAUACCGCCAACACCCCAGCAAGUUUUCCUUUACCAAGCAAAUGGAUUCCAUGGAUCUUGACUUAGCCAAGCAGAACGCUGUCACUAUGAAUAAACGCCUGUACAUUGAUGCCUGGGAGAAGGAUAAGAUAAAAAUCCAUGUGAUGCCAGACACACCAGAUAUUCUUCAGGCCAAACAGAACAUGGUCAAUUUCAGUGAAAAACAAUACAAGUCAGGAUGGCAAGAAACUAUUAAGAAGGGCUAUGAUCUACGACCAGAUGCUAUUUCGAUUAAGGCAGCCAGAGCCUCCAGAGAUAUUGCCAGUGAUUACAAAUACAAAACAGCCUACAGGAAGCAACAGGGACACCAUGUUGGAUUCCGCAAUAUUAAGGAUGAUCCUAAGUUGGUAUGGUCCAUGCAUUUGGCUAAAAUCCAGAGUGAUCGGGAAUACAAGAAAGACUUUGAAAAGAGUAAGACAAAGUUCAACACGCCUGUGGACAUGAUCAGCUUCCUAUUGGCCAAAAAAUGCCAGACCCUAGUCAGCGACAUUAACUACAAGCGGCGCCUGCACAACUGGACAUGUCUACCUGACCAGACAGCUUUUGUCCAAGCAAGAAAAGCCAAUGAGAUACAAAGUGAUAAUUUCUACAAGGCAGACUUCAAUGAAUAUAUGAAGGGUGUAGGAUGGAUUCCUUAUGGAUCCCAGGAAGCCGAGAAGAACAGGAAAGCUAUGGAUAUCAUCAGCGAGAAGAAAUACCGCCAGCACCCCGACACCUUCCGCUUUACAAGCGUGCUUGACUCUAUGGAGUUAGUUUUGGCCAAGAAUAAUGCUCAGGUCAUGAAUAAGAAACUUUACAAAGAAGCCUGGGAAAAGGAUAAGAGACAAAUCCAUGUCAUGCCAGACACUCCUGAGAUCCUCCUGGCAAAGGCGAACCUGAUCAAUAUCAGUGAAAAACUCUACAAGGCUGGCUACGAAGAGAACAAGAAGAAGGGCUAUGACCUGCGGGCUGAUGCUAUUGCCAUCAAGGCUGCAAGAUCCACAAGGGACAUUGCUAGCGAUUUCAAGUACAAAGAAGCUUACCGCAAGCAGCAAGGCCACCAUGUGGGUUUUCGCAGCCUGCAAGAUGAUCCCAAAUCUGUAUGGGCCAUGCACGUGGCCAAGAUCCAGAGUGACAGAGAGUACAAGAAGGACUAUGAAAAAUGGAGGACCAAGUUCAAUACCCCAGUUGAUAUGCUGGGAAUAUUGCUGGCCAAGAAAUGCCAGACAUUAGUCAGUGACAUUGACUAUAAACGUUUACUUCACAAGUGGACCUGUCUACCUGACCAGAAGAAUGUGGUACAGGCAAGAAAGGUCUCCGAAAUACAGAGUGAUAUUGCCUACAGGUCUGACUUGCAAUGGCUUAGAGGAAUCGGCUGGUCACCCACUGGUUCCAUAGAUGAUGAGAAGAACAAAAGGGCAUCAACCAUCCUGAGUGAGAAGAAGUAUCGCCAACACCCAGACAAGUUCAGAUUCACCAGUGUCCCUGACUCUAUGGAAAUGGUGCUCGCUAAAUCCAAUGCAGAUAUUAUGAAUAAGCGCCUAUAUAAUAAAGCAUGGAACAAGGAUAAGAUUCAACUCCACAUUAUGCCUGAUACACCAGAAGUUCUUCUGGCAAAACAGAACAAGAUUAACUUCAGUGAGAAAAUCUACAAACAAGCACUGGAGGAGUCCAAGAAAAAAGGCUAUGACCUUCGUUCUGAUGCCAUCGCUAUAAAGGCUGCCAGGGCAUCUCGCGAUAUCGCCAGUGAUUACAAAUACAAAGCAGCCUACAGGAAGCAGCAGGGACACCAUGUUGGAUUCCGCAGUAUUAAGGAUGAUCCUAAGUUGGUAUGGUCCAUGCAUGUGGGCAAGAUGCAGAGUGACCGGGAGUACAAAAAGGACUUUGAGAAGACUAGGACAAACUUCAACAUGCCUGUGGACAUGCUCGGCUUCCUAUUGGCUAAGAAAUGCCAGACCUUGGUCAGCGAUAUUGAUUACAGGAAAUACCUUCACAAUUGGACGUGCCUGCCAGAUCAAAGUGAUGUCAUCCAGGCCAGGAAAGCCUAUGAGCUCCAAAGUGAUAACCUGUACAAAUCAGACUUACAGUGGCUGAGAGGCACUGGCUGGGUCCCCAUUGGCUCGCUAGAAGUGGAGAAGGUCAAGAAAGCAGGAGAAAUUCUUAGCGAAAACAAAUACCGGCAGCACCCAGACAAACUCAAAUUCACCAGUGUGACUGAUUCCAUGGAAAUGGAACUGGCAAAGGCCAAUGCUGAGAUCAUGAAUAAGAAACUGUACAACGCAGCCUGGAAUAAAGACAAGACCAACAUCCAUAUCAUGCCUGACACACCAGAAAUUGAACUGGGAAGACAGAACAAGAUAAACUACAGUGAGAGCAAAUACAAACAAGCUUUGGAAGAAUCAAAGAAGAAGGGGUAUGACCUCAGAGUUGAUGCCAUCUCUAUCAAAGCUGCAAAGGCUUCACGAGAUAUUGCCAGUGAUUAUAAAUACAAAACCGGAUACCGCAAGCAGCUAGGCCACCAUGUUGGAUACAGAAGCCUAAAGGAUGAUCCAAAAUCGCUGUGGGCUGUGCAUGUGGCCAAGAUCCAGAGCGAUCUGGAGUACAAGAAGGACUUUGAGAAACAAAAGACCCAUUAUCAAUCUCCUGUGGAAAUGCUGUCUGUGCUGAUCUUCAUGCAGCUUUUGAAGCUGGGGCAUCUUUGAACAUGUUUUAUAUGUCCUCUUCAUGUUUUCUACCUCCAGAACCUGUACAAAUCAGACUUACAGUGGCUGAGAGGCACUGGCUGGGUCCCCAUUGGCUCGCUAGAAGUGGAGAAGGUCAAGAAAGCAGGAGAAAUUCUUAGCGAAAACAAAUACCGGCAGCACCCAGACAAACUCAAAUUCACCAGUGUGACUGAUUCCAUGGAAAUGGAACUGGCAAAGGCCAAUGCUGAGAUCAUGAAUAAGCGCCUCUACACUGCAGCUUGGAACAAGGAUAAGGGAACGCUCCAUGUGAUGCCUGACACUCCUGAAAUCGAACUGGCCAAAGCAAAUCGUGUCAAUUACAGUGAGAAACUGUAUAGACUUGCCCUGGAGGAAAGCAAAAAGAAGGGUUAUGACUUGCGCGUUGAUGCCAUAUCCAUUAAGGCAGCAAAGGCUUCAAGAAAUAUAAUCAGUGAUUUUAAAUACAAAGCAGGCUACAGACAGCAGCAAGGCCACCAUGUUGGAUACAGAAGCCUAAAGGAUGAUCCUAAAUCGCUGUGGGCCGUGCAUGUGGCCAAGAUCCAGAGCGAUCUGGAGUACAAGAAGGACUUUGAGAAACAAAAGACCCAUUAUCAAUCUCCUGUGGAAAUGCUGUCGGUGGUGUUGGCCAAGAACUGCCAGAAACUUGUCAGUGACAUUGACUACCGCCAACACCUCCACCAAUGGACAUGUCUGCCAGACCAGAAUGAUGUCAUUCAGGCCAAGAAAGCCUAUGAGCUUCAGAGUGAUGCUAUCUACAAAUCUGACCUGGAAUGGCUGAAAGGUAUUGGUUGGGUGCCUGUUGGUUCCUUGGAAGUGGAGAAGGCUAAGAAAGCUGGACAGAUUUUGAGUGACAAGGCCUACCGUCAGAAGCCAGAUACUAUCAAGUUCACAUCGGUUCCAGACUCAAUGGAGAUAGUGCUGGCCAAGAACAAUGCACAGACCAUGAAUAAGCACCUGUACACUGGAGCCUGGGAAACUGACAAGAGAACCAUCCAUGUCAUGCCAGACACACCAGAGAUCCUGCUGGCAAAGGCUAACUCCAUCAAUAUUAGUAAUAAAAUAUAUACCCAAGGAUGGGACGAGGCCAAGACAAAAGGAUAUGACUUAAGAGCUGAUGCCAUUUCCAUCAAGAGUGCCAGAGCUUCCAGGGACAUUGCCAGCGAUUAUAAAUACAAAACCGGAUACCGUAAGCAGCAAGGCCACCAUGUUGGAUACAGAAGCCUAAGGGAUGAUCCUAAAUCGCUGUGGGCCGUGCAUGUGGCCAAGAUCCAGAGUGAUCUGGAGUACAAGAAGGACUUUGAGAAACUAAAGACCCAUUAUCAAUCUCCUGUGGAAAUGCUGUCUGUGGUGUUGGCCAAGAACUGCCAGAAACUUGUCAGUGACAUUGACUACCGCCACCACCUCCAUAAAUGGACAUGUCUGCCAGACCAGAAUGAUGUCAUCCAGGCCAGGAAGGCCUAUGACUUGCGCAGUGAUUGGCUAUACAAAUCUGACUUGGAAUGGAUCCGUGGUUGUGGAUGGAUUCCUAAUGAUUCUUUGGAAGUGAACAAAGUGAAGAAAGCUCAGGAAAUCAUAAGUGAACGUCGUUAUCGCCAGCCUCCCGACACCAUCAAAUUCACCAGCAUUGUUGACUCUCCAGAAGUGGUUUUGGCCAAGAGUAACGCCCUGCAGCUCAGCAGUAGCAUUUACCAAGAUGCUUGGAACAAGGCGAAGACCCAGUUCCAUUUACCUGCUGACACCCCACAGAUGGUACAGUCCAAGAUUAAUGCCGUCAACAUUAGCAAUAAACAAUACCAGCAGGGGUGGGAAGAUGCCAAGACGAAGGGCUACGAUAUAAGAGCAGACUCUAUUCCAAUCAAGGCUGCCAGAGCAUCAAGAGACAUUGCUAGUGAUUAUAAAUACAAGAUAGGAUACCGUAAGCAGCAAGGACAUCAUGUUGGAUUCAGAAGCCUGCAGGAUGAUCCUAAGUCGCUGUGGGCCGUGCAUGUGGCCAAGAUCCAGAGCGAUCUGGAGUACAAGAAGGACUUUGAGAAACAAAAGACCCAUUAUCAAUCUCCUGUGGAAAUGCUGUCGGUGGUGUUGGCCAAGAACUGCCAGAAACUUGUCAGUGACAUUGACUACCGCCACCACCUCCAUAAAUGGACAUGUCUGCCAGACCAGAAUGAUGUCAUCCAAGCCAAGAAAGCUUAUUUGCUUCAAAGUGAUUGGCUUUACAAAUCUGACAUGGAAUGGAUCCGUGGUUGUGGCUGGAUUCCUGAUGGCUCUCUGGAGGUGAACAAAGUGAAAAAAGCUCAGGAAAUCAUAAGCGAGCGUCACUAUCGCCAGCCUCCCAACAUCCACAAGUUCACCAGCAUUGUCGAUGCUCCAGGUCUUCUCCUUGCCAAAACCAAUGCUCUCCAGAUUAGUGAUUGGGUGUACAGAGAUGCAUGGGAUCGUGCAAAGACAAAAUUCAGCCUCCCAGCAGACACUCCACAGAUGGUACAGUCCAAGGUCAACGCUGCCAACAUCAGCGAAAAACUCUACACGAAAGAUUGGGAUGCAGCCAAGAAGGGUUGCGACUUAAGAGCUGAUGCCAUCUCCAUUCGUAGCGCCCGUGCUUCAAGAGACAUUGCCAGUGACUUCAAAUACAAGACUGCAUAUGAGAAGCAGAAAGGUCACUACAUUGGGGCCCCGACUGCCAAGGAUGAUCCUAAACUGAUGUUGUUGAUCAAAGCUGGUAAACUCCCAAGCGACUUGAUCUACAAAAAAGAUUAUGAAAAGACCAAGACCAAGGUUCACCUGCCAGCGGAUGCGGUGUCUAUCCUAACUGCCAAGCAAGUCCAGGCAGCUGCCAGUGAAAUCGAUUACCGGCAUUACCUGCACCAAUGGACCUGUCACCCCGAUCAGCAUGAUUGUAUUCGAGCUAGGAAAGCCUAUGAUUUGCAGAGUGAUGCUAUCUACAAGUCUGAUCUGGAAUGGAUACGUGGAUGUGGCUGGUUCCCUAACGGCUCAGUGGACGUGAAGAAAGUAAAGAAUGCCCAGGAGAUCAUAAGCGAACACCAUUAUCGCCAGCCAGCCAGCAACUUAAAAUUUACCAGCAUCGUGGACCUACCGGCUGUUGUCCUGGCAAAGGCCAAUGCUGACCAGAUCAGUGCUAGCAAAUACAAAGAAGCCUGGGAACAGGACAAGAGAACCAUUCAUAUCAUGCCGGACACACCUGAGAUUAUGUUGUCAAGAGCCAACGCCGUCAAUGUCAGCAAUAAACUGUACAGAGAGGGCUGGGAUAAAGUAAAGAUGAUCUAUGACAUGAAAGUUGAUGCUAUCCCCAUCAAAGCAGCUAAGGCCUCUAGAGAGAUUGCAAGUGAUUACAAAUACCAUUUGAACCAUGAGAAGCAAAAAGGUCACUACAUUGGAACAACCUCAGCUCACAAUGACAACAAAUUGGCCUGGUGCUUGAAGGCUUCUAAGCUUCCCAGCGACCUUUUAUAUAAGAAAGACUUUGAGAAGACAAAGACAAAAGUUAACCUGCCUGUAGAUAUGAUCUCUGUUGCCGCUGCCAAGCUAUGCCAGAAACUGGUCAGUGAUAUUGACUACCGCCAUUAUCUGCACCAAUGGACAUGCCUACCAGAUCAGAACGACGUCAUCCAGGCUAGGAAAGCCUAUGACCUUCAAAGUGAUGCGAUCUACAAGUCAGAUCUGGAGUGGCUCCGUGGUGUCGGAUGGAUGCCAAGUGGAUCACACGAUGUCAAGAAGGCUAAGUUUGCCCAGGACAUCUUGAGCGACCGGAAAUACAAAACCAAACCUGAUACUCUCAAAUUUACUGCAGUCGCUGACAGAGUGGACUAUGUCACUGCCAAACAAGCUGCAGACAUUCGCAGUGAUAUUAAAUAUCAAGAAGCAUGGAACAACGCUAAGACAAAGUACACUUCUGUGACUGACUCACCACUGCUGCUAACAGCGAAAGAGGCAGCUAAGAACGUCAAUGAAAAACUCUACAAAUCAGGCUGGGAGAAUAUGAAAGCCACUGGGUACUUUAUGCCUCAUGAUGCAGUUCAAUUAAGUCAAGCCAAAAAGAGUGGCAUUGCCCAGAGUGAGCUGAAAUACAAAGCUGAGUACAUCAAACAACGAGGCCACUAUGUUGGAGUUCCUAAUGCAAACGCUGAUCCUAAACUGAAGUGGUCCAAGCAUGUCACCAUUAUGCAGAAUGACAGAGAGUACAAGAAGCUGUAUGAAAAGUUGAAGUCCAAGAUCCAUAUCCCUCCUGACAUGGUACAACUGCAACAAGCCAAAAUUGGACAAAGCCUGGCCAGUGAAAUUGAUUAUCGGCACUAUCUUCACCAAUGGACAUGCCACCCUGAUCAGAAUGAUUGCAUACAAGCCAGGAAGGCCUAUGACCUCCAGAGUGAUGCCAUAUACAAAUCUGACCUGGAAUGGAUCCGUGGUUGUGGAUGGAUUCCUCUGGACUCUGUAGAGCAUCAGAAAGUGAGGAAGGCUCAGGAGCUGGUCAAUCAGAGAGCAUACACUAAGGACGCCAUUGCCAACUUUGAUAAGUUCAGCCAUGUGGUCGAUACACCUGAAAUUGUGCUUGCCAAGGCCAAUGCCGUCAACCAAAGUGAUUUGAGAUACAAAGAAACCUUUAAUGCGGAAAAAGGCCAGUACAUUGGUGCUGCUGAAACUCCUCAGAUCACCCACUCCAGGGAGAUGUCCAAACUUGCUAGUGAUAAAUCGUACAAAGACAUAUGGGACAACUCCAAAGCUCUGGGUUACCAACUGGAUGAAAAGUACAUUCCUAUCGUUGGAGCCAAACACGCCAAAAUUGUUUCAAGUGAUCUGAAGUACAAAGAACACUAUGAAAAGGAAAAGGGACACUACCUUGCUGGAGCCAAGAUUGAUGACUUCCCAAGUGUUGUGCAUUCAUUAGCUUUCCAGAAAAUGAAGAGCAUGCUGGCCUACAAGAAGAAUUAUGAGGACAAUAAAACAAAGAUUAAUCUUCCACAUGACAUGAUAAACAACGUCAUUGCCAAGAAAUGCCAGCAGAUCCUGAGUGACAUUGAAUACCGCCGCUAUCUCCAUGAAUGGACGUGCCUACCGGAUGAGAGGAAUGUCAUCCAUGCCAAAAAAGCUAAUGAAAUCUUGAGUGAUGUUGCCUACAAGGAGGAUCUUACCUGGCUGAAGGGCAUCGGAUGCUAUGUGUGGGACACACCAGAAAUCUUGCUUGCUAAAAAAUCAUAUGACCUUCAGAGUCAAAUUCAAUACCAGAAAGCAAGCAAGGACAAUUACCCCAACUUUAGCGUUGUUACAGACACUCCUGUGUAUGUCACAGCUAUCCAAAGCGCCCUCAACGCCAGUGAACGUAAGUACAAAGAGGACUAUGAGAAGACCAAAGAUAAAUACACAACUGUUCUGGAGACCGUAGACUACAGCCGCACUCAGAACCUGAAGGAUCUGUUCAGUCAUAACCUGUACAAACAAGCCUGGGACACUAUCAAAGCCACCAGCUACCAAAUUCCAGCGGACACUGUGGCCUUGUCAUUGGCUAAAAAGAACAAGCACAUUGCCAGCUCGCUGAAGUACCGUGAGGAAUAUGAGAAGUUUAAAGCACUUUAUACCUUGCCAAGAGGUGUCCAAGAUGAUCCAAACACAGCAAGAUGUCUCAGAGUUGGAAAACUCCCUCUGGAUCGUUUGUACAGAGACACCUAUGAAAAGAACAAGGCCAAGAUCCACAUCGCUCCUGAUAUGCUGGAGAUCGUCGCUGCCCGGGAGACACAACACAAAGUCAGUGAAAUCGAUUAUAGGAAAUAUCUCCAUGAAUGGAUCUGCCUGCCUGACCUUCAGCUCUACGUCCACGCUCGCAAAGUCAACGAACAUCUGAGCGAUAUUGUGUACAAGGAUGACCUGAACUGGCUAAAAGGAGUGGGCUGCUUAGUUUGGGACACACCCGAGAUCCUGCAUGCCAAGCACGCAUAUGACCUCCGUAGUGAUUAUAAAUACAAAGCUAAAGCUGAAGAGUUGAAGAAGACUUUCACCUCAGUUGUGGACACUCCAGUCUACGUCCAGGCUGCCACCAGUGGUAAACAAAGUAGUGAUGUUGUGUAUCACUCUGACUAUGAGAAGAAUGUUAGAGGAAAAGUUAUUUCAGGCACCAAUAGCGUAGAACUGGACAGAGCAAGCAACGCCAACAAGAUACGCAGUGAUGCUCUGUACCGUGAGGCCAGUGUCAAAUCUCUUCCUACAGGUUAUAGUCUUCCAAAGGACAUGCCGUCCAUCGUACAAGCCAAGAAAGCUCAGAUCAUUGGCAGCGAUCUCAAGUACAAAGAACUCUAUGAACACGUAAAGGCUAAAUCCUACACCCUGCCUCCAGAUAAUGUCAGCUUUGCCAACAUCAAGAAAGUCAACAAAAUCCUUAAUGAGAGGCUUUACCGUGACUUAUAUCACAAGCAGAAGGAUAAAAUACAUACAACUCCGGAUACUCCAGAAAUCCGCCAAGUCAAAGCUACACAGGAUGCCAUCAGUGAUCUGGUGUACAAAGCGGACUACUUCAAACUGCAAGGUCACUUGAUCUCUAUGCCAUACACCCCACAGACUAUUCAUUGCCGCUAUGUUGGAGAGAUAACCAGCGAUAAUAAGUACAAGGAAGACUUACAGUGGCUGAAAGGUCUUGGGUGCUUCCUGUAUGACACCCCAGAUAUGGUGCGGGCUCGUGACCUUCGCAAACUCUGGUCUAACUAUCUGUACACCACACCUGCCAAGAAAAUGUGGAACAAGUACAGUGUGGUACUAGACACCCCAGAAUACAGGACUGUUCAAGAACUAAAGACACAUCUCAGCGAGAAUGUAUACAGAGCAGCUGGCAACAAACAGAAGACAGUAUACACCUCUGUACUAGAUACUCCAGACUUUAUUAGAGCCAAGGCAGGACAACAACUUCAGAGCAAGUACCUAUACACAGAGGUUGCAACUAAAGAGAGACCCCAUCACCAUGUUGAUGGACAGACACAAGCAAACAAACUUGCUAAAUUUGUCAAGGACCUGGUCAGCGAGAAAAAAUACAAAGCACAGUACGAAAAACUGAAGCACAAGUAUACUUCAGUGAUUGACACUCCAAUCAUCCUGAGAGCCAAGAAGGCUUACCUCAAUGCUAGCGAUCUACGGUACAAAGAAACCUUUGAGAAAGCCAAGGGAAAAUACCACACGGUAAAAGACGCCUUGGAUGUCAUCUACCACCGCAAAGUCACCGACGACAUCAGCAGUGUUAAAUAUAAAGAGAAGUAUGUUAGCCAGCUGGGUAUAUGGAGGUCCAUUCCCGAUCACCCUGAGCUUUUCCGUCACCGCGCAGUGACAGAUUCUGUCAGCGAUUUCAAAUAUAAAGAGGACUUGACCUGGCUGAAGGGCAUCGGCUGCUAUGCCUACGACACACCUGACUUUACUCUGGCAGGACAAAACAAAAAACUCUACAGUGCAUACAAGUACCGUGAGUCCUUUGAAAAGACAAAGUCCAAAUUCAAGUACACAGAGGAUACUCCUCUGUUCAAUCACUUCAAGUAUGCUACUCAACUGGCAAACGAGAAAAAAUACAAAUCUACCGCCAAGAGGCUACUUGAACAUGGUUGCAAUGAAAUUCGGAGGCCAGAUAUGUUGCGGGCCCUGUACAACACCAGCAUGUGGAGUCAGUGGAAGUACAAGGAGCUCUAUGAGAAGGGGAAGGACAAAUUCACAUCUGUGAUUGACACACCAGAGCACAACCGAGCUCAGAAGGCCGGAAAACAAUUCAGUGAAAUCAUCUACAAAAUGGAUUGGAAUAAGGCUAAAGCCAAAUCUUAUACCACGAUCCAAGACACACCGGCACUGUUACAUGCACGGAAAGUUAAGGACAAAAUCAGUGAGCUGAAAUACAGAGAACUGUAUGAGAAGAGUAGAGGAAACUGUACCCUCAUACCAGAUGCUGUUUCUAUCAAGACAGCCAAAGAUGCCUAUAAAGCCAUCAGCAAUCUGGAUUAUAAGAAAAAAUACGAGGCCAACAAGGCUCACUGGGAAUGGAUUGCUGACAGGCCAGACUUCUUGCAAAAUGCAAAGUCUUCUCUACAGCAGAGUGAUUAUGAAUACAAACUGGACAGAGAAUUCCAGAAGGGAUGCAAGCUGUCUAUUACAGAUGACAAAGACACUGUCCUGGCCCUGAGGAAUGCCGAAAUGAACAGCAAUGUGAAAUACAAGAAGAAGUAUGAAAAAGGAACGUACCAAGGAGAAUUUGGAAUUGUUGCAGAUACACCUCAGAUCAUCCAUGCUAAAUCUAUUAGUGCUCUUGUAUCUGAGAACAAAUACAAAAAAGAAGGGAAAAAGCAGCUGCCACACGGUUCAUUCACCACUCUCUCUGAGACCCGUGACACAGCUCAUGUCAAAGAAGCGACUAAGAUUGCUAGUAAGAUACAAUACAAAGAAAAGUUUGAGAAGGAGAAAGGCAAGUCUAACUACGCCAACAUGCAGGAACCACCUGAGGUGAAGCACGCAAUUGAUGUGGCCAAGGCCCAAAGCAAUGUGAGUUACAGGAAAGCAGCAAAGGCUAAUCUUAACUACACAAGUAUUAUUGACAGACCCGAUAUUCAGAAGGCAACUCAGAUGUCUAAACUAGUCAGUAAUAUCCAGUACAAAGCUAAGGCCCGUGAGGAAGCUGGUCGCGGUAUCACUUCUCUUGGACGACCAGAUAUUGAGCUGGCCCAGGAAGUCUCCAAACUUACAAGCCAAGCUGAGUAUGCGAAAGGAAAGCUAAGGGGACAUGGAGCAGCAUCUUAUGACACUCCCAUCAUGAGGACACUAAAAAAAGCUAAUGCGCUCACUAGUCAUAUAAAGUACAAGGAACAGUUUUCAAAAGACAAAGCAAAGAGACCGCAAUAUAAUCACAAAGAAGCCCAAAUCUAUGAGACCAUGAAGGAAGCAAAUACGCUCGCUAGCGAGGUGAAAUAUAAGGCAGAUCUUAAGAAGCUUCACAAACCUGUUACCGACAUGGCGGAAUCUCUCAAUAUGCAGCACAUUACCGGCACGAGCAAGCUAGCCAGUGAAUACCAGUACAAGAAGGAAUUUCAGAAGAGUAAGGGUCACUACCAAGUGGUGCCUGAUACACUUGAACAAGUUCAUGUAAAGGAGGCAACAGAACUACAGAGCAUAGUGAAAUACAAAGAGAAAUAUGAAAAGGAGAGAGGCAAAGCUAUGCUGGACUUUGAGACUCCAACCUAUGUCACAGCUAUGGAAUCUCAGCAUAUGCAGAGUGAGAAAGAAUAUAAGAAAGACUUGGAAGAAUGUAUUAAAGGCAAAAACCUUUCUGGCUUGGAGGUCACGCCAUCAAUGUUACAUCUCAGACAUGCUACAAAAAUAGCAAGCGAGAAAGUGUACAGAAAGGAUCUGGUUGACACUAUAGGACGGAACAUGACAGUGAUGGAGGAGACUCCUGAGCUUUUAAGAGCCAAGAAUGCUACACAAAUCUUAAAUGAGAAAGAGUAUAAGAAAACUCUGGAACUGGAAAUUAAAGGAAGAGGUCUAACAGGAUUGGUCUUGGAAACUCCAGAUUUCCAGAGAGCAAAGAAUGCUACUGACAUUGCCAGCCAGAUAAAAUAUAAACAAUCCGCAGAAAUGGAAAAGGCCUGUUUCACAAGUGUUGUGGAUACACCAGAAAUUAUCCAUGCUCAGCAAGUCAAAAAUCUUUCCAGUCAAAAAAAAUACAAAGAGGAGGCAGAGAGAACCAGGUCUUGUUACGUGUCGGUAUUUGACACACCUGAAAUGCACAGAGUCCGUGAAAACCAGAAGAACUUCAGCACGCUACAGUACCAAGGUGACCUUAAACAAAUUAAAGGAACAGUCACAGGGGUUAAAGACACGCCAGAAAUUCUGCGUGUUAAAGAAAAUCAAAAGAAUUUCAGCUCGAUACUGUACAAAGAUGAAGUUGGAACAGGAAUAUCUAUUGGGCACACCCCAGAGAUGGAGAGAAUUAAAAGAACGCAGGAUGCCAUUAGCACGAUAAAAUACAAGGAAAUUGUUGGAACAGGAACUCCAAUUUCUGACCUCCCAGAAGUGAAACGCGUAAAGGAAACACAGAAGAACAUUAGCUCGGUUUUGUACAAGGAAAGCUUGGGGGUGGGAACCUCCACACCCGUGACUCCAGAAAUGGAGAGGGUCAAACGCAACCAAGAGAACAUUAGCAUGGUUGUAUACAAAGAAAACUUGGGAACACCAACACCAAUGCCUAUGACUCCUGAGAUGGAGAGAGUAAAGCGCAAUCAAGAACAUAUUAGCUCGGUUUUAUACAAAGAUAAUCUGGGGAAAUGUACCCCCACUACAGACACUCCCGAGUUGGAGAGAGUCAGACGCAAUCAAGAAAACAUUAGCAUGGUAUCAUAUAAAGAACAUUUGGGAAAAGCCACACCAGCAACUGUAACUCCUGAGAUGGAGCGUGUUAAACGAAACCAAGAAAAUAUUAGCUCGGUUCUAUAUUCUGACCAGUUCCGUAAGCAGAUACAAGGCAGAGCUGCAUUUGUGCUGGAUACGCCUGAAAUGAGACGCGUUCGUGAAAGUCAGCGCCAUAUCUCAUCGGUGAAAUACCAUGAAGAUUUUGAAAAGCAGAAGGGAAGUUUUACUCCCGUGGUCACUGACCCAAUAACAGAGAGAGUGAAGAAAAACACCAUCGACUUCAGUGACAUUAGCUACAGAGGAAUCCAGAGGAAAGUUGUGGAAAUUGAGCGCAAGAGAAGUGAACAGGAACAAGAUGUCACAGAUCUCAGAGUGUGGCGUACAAAUCCUGGAUCCGUCUUUGACUAUGACCCAGCUGAGGAUAACAUACAAUCAAGAAGCUUACACAUGAUGUCUGUUCAAGCCCGUCGCAGUCGUGAACAGUCUCGUUCUGCUAGUGCGCUAAGCUUGAGUGCCGGGGAUGAAAAAUCGGAACUGUCUGAGGCGGCUGACCAUCACCAUUCCUAUUAUAGCAACGGAGGCCUGUUUACCACCACUGUAACAGGCCACAAGGAAAGUUCCCAUGUACUACUUUACCAAGGCUACAAGCAAGCGAAAACUACUGAGCUUCCACAACAGAGGUCUUCUUCUGUGGCAACUCAACUAACAACUGCCUCAUCAGUGCCAUCACACCCAUCCACUACUGGAAAAACGUUCAAAGCCAUGUAUGACUACCGGGCCGCAGACGGCGAUGAAGUCUCUUUUAAGGAUGGUGACACCAUUGUGAAUGUCCAGACCAUUGAUGAAGGAUGGAUGUACGGGACAGUUCAGAGAAGUGGCCAGACUGGCAUGCUACCAGCUAACUAUUUGGAAGCCAUUUAAAGAAUCAUCCAUAAUUGACAGAAAUGGCACUACCUAAAAAAAAACAACACUUAAGGGCAGCAGCCAUUUUUUUAUUAUUCUGUCAACUUACCUUAUAUAUGAAAUAAAAGCAA